AGACAGUUAGAAAGCCCGCCAAAUGCUCUCCCGUGGGCGAGGCCCGCGAGGGCGGGGGGGAGGGGGAAGAACUAAAUUCUAUGGAGGGAGCGAGAGAAAGCGCUCUUCACCAGGGCUCCGCCCUCCUCCCCACGCCAAUACCCGGGCUUCACGCGCCGUUCCGCGCAGCCUUCAGCCCCGCCUGUCAGAGAAGGCUCUUGUGCUCCCUCUUGCCUGUGUCCCGGGCCACCUCACGUUCCCCUCUCCCGCCGCUUCCGACUUAGGCUCGCUGGGUUGGGCUAUCUUGGUUUCACUUCUCGGGGCCUUUCUUCUCCCCGAGGCUACGGAUAGUGUAAACCUAAGGACUGUCAAGGGGUUCGACUGGAGGAGAAGAGGUGACUGUCCUGGGCCGUUACUGGCCUCCGAGCAAGCGGAGCCAAAAUGUCCCCGGAAUCUAAAAAGCUUUUCAACAUCGUUAUUUUAGGAGUUGCCUUUAUGUUUAUGUUCACCGCCUUUCAGACUUGUGGAAAUGUGGCGCAAACUGUCAUCAGGAGCUUAAAUAGCACAGAUUUUCAUGGCAGUGGAUAUACCAGCUUGGCAAUUAUUUAUGGCGUGUUCUCUGCUUCAAAUUUGAUCACACCGUCCGUGGUCGCCAUUGUCGGACCUCAGAUCUCUAUGUUUGUCAGUGGUUUGUUUUACAGCAUGUACAUUGCCGUUUUUAUCCAACCUUUCCCAUGGUCCUUCUACACAGCAUCUGUCUUCAUCGGAAUUGCUGCUGCUGUCCUUUGGACAGCCCAAGGAAAUUGCCUGACGAUAAAUUCUGAUGAGCACACAAUCGGGAGAAACAGCGGAAUUUUCUGGGCACUCUUACAGUCUAGCUUGUUCUUUGGAAAUCUCUACAUAUAUUUUGCCUGGCAAGGGAAAACCCAGAUUUCAGAGAACGACCGAAGGACAGUGUUCAUUGCUCUGACAGUGAUUAGCCUCGUGGGGACCGUUCUGUUCUUCCUCAUUCGGAAACCAGAUCCUGAGAAUCUUGGAGAAGAAGAGUCCUGCGAUGACCAGGACAUGGAAGCCAUCGAGUCUGCCCAGAACAAUGUGACAAAAGCAGUCGAUGCAUUUAAAAAGUCUCUGAAGUUGUGCGUCACCAAGGAGAUGCUCCUCCUGAGUGUUACGACCGCCUACACAGGUCUGGAGCUGACCUUCUUCUCUGGGGUGUACGGAACCUGUAUUGGGGCCGUAAACAAAUUUGGGACAGAAGAGAAAAGCCUCAUUGGACUUUCUGGAAUUUUCAUCGGCAUUGGAGAGAUCUUAGGUGGAAGUCUCUUCGGCCUGCUGAGCAAGAAUAAUCGCUUCGGCCGGAACCCGGUGGUGCUGCUGGGCGCCCUGGUGCACUUCGUAGCCUUCUACCUCAUCUUUCUCAACAUGCCCGGAGACGCGCCCAUCGCCCCCGUGGAAGGGACCAACAGCAGUGCGUACAUCAGGCCCAGCAAAGAAGUUGCCAUUCUGUGCAGUUUUCUGCUGGGUCUGGGGGACAGCUGCUUCAACACCCAACUGCUUAGCAUCCUGGGUUUCCUCUACUCGGAAGACAGCGCGCCGGCCUUCGCAGUCUUCAAAUUUGUUCAGUCGAUCUGCGCAGCCGUGGCUUUUUUCUACAGCAACUACCUCCUCCUUCACUGGCAACUCCUGGUCAUGGUGAUAUUUGGGUUUUUUGGAACCAUUUCUUUCUUCACUGUGGAGUGGGACGCUGCUGCCAUCGUGGCCCGCGGCUCAGACUACCGAAGCAUUUGAGGAGAGGAAGCGUCUCCAGGAAACACAGCUGGUCACAUGACACAGCUACCUCCUGUCAGAAGGACGAUGCUGAGUGGAUAGUGAGAACCAAGACUGUUAAAUCAGGCGGGUCUGUAGUCGAGUUUACAGAUCCUAGCGGCUCCUGCUAGCGGAGGGAGGGAACCGCUCUGUCUGUUACAGCUGUUCUGAGAUGUUCACCCAUCCCCUCCCUCAGUUCCUCAGAAUGGCGGCUCUUCUGUGGAGAGAUCCGCGCCUGGCUCGCCACGUGUCCCAGAAUUCUUGCUGGCUGUGGAGUAUGUCUCACUCUUUCAACAUAGGAAGCAGAUGCCACAGGGUGCGUGGAUCUGGGAACGACUUUCCGAUACACAGCAAGGAUGCUGACACACAGUUGUCUGAGACAGGAUCUCACUGCAUCGUAGCCCAGGCUGGUCUUGGACUUGCAGUUCCCUCCCCAACCCCCCACUGCGCCUCCAGUGUUGGGGUUAUCCUAGGUGCCCAACACAGGGUUUAAAAUGCUCCAGUCUUUUUUGAGUUAGGAUCUUGAUAUGAAGCCUUGGCUGGCCUGGACUUUGUACACCAGGCAGUGUUCCUGCCUUUGUCUCCAGAAUGCUGGGGUGGUGAGAAUGUGCUGCCACACUGCUUGGCCUGAGACCUCAACUUCUUUAAAUGCUUUGUUGAACAAGUCUUACCUUGUCACUCCUAGCAGGUUAUGUGUCAUGAGGUAAAGACUGUAUCAUUUGUCAGUUAAUAAAAGCAUAUUUAGAGAAAGAAAGAGUAUUUACUGGGGGAGGACUUCUAUUGUGGUGGUCCUGACCUGUUAUGAUAAAGCAAACUCCAUCCUCUAGUGGGCUCUAUGCAGCCAUCCUCUCUGAGAGAAUGCUUAAGUACUGCAGACUGUCUCCCAUAAGAACUGACGCUUUCACGAUUGAGAUAUUAAAUGAAUUAAGCAUCAAGAUAGGCCUAUGUACUACAGAUUGGCCUCCAACUCACACUCUUCCAAGCCACA